CUCACUCACUCACUCAGUUGCCCGCGCGUUGUCCAGAUGUCUCGUACUAAGCCUGCGUUGGUGUGGCUAUCGCUGGUGCCGCUGCUGCUGCUGUCGUUGGGCGGCCUCCACCCCACAGCGGCACGUUACUUGCCCCCAGGCCUGCCCGUGAUACCGAAUAUUUGUAAGCAGCCACCGCCGCGUUCUGUGGGUAUUUGCACCAUCCAGAUCGAGGGCUUCUACUACGAUCCCGCCACCUUGGACUGCCAAAUGUACUCGAUUGGGGCCUGCCACUCGACGCCGGGCCAGAGCUUUGGCGACAUCCAGGACUGCGUCGCCACCUGUGUCCAUGGCAGGAGACGCAAUCAGGAUUUGUAUGUGAACGAAGGUUGACAUGAGAAUGAUUACGAUUCGAAGAGAGUUUUUGGUCGAAUAAAAUACAUCAGCGCAGCCAGCGUCUGCUAUAACAAAUUGCGUCUAA